UGUCACUAGCUAUCUUCCACAUUAGUUGCUCCUGUCAGACAAUCUCAUUGUAUCAUUUUCCUAUUUUUUCUCCAACAACACAUGUCACACACAUUCGCUAACUAUAUGACUCAUCCGAUUGUGUUGAUGCCAACGCGAAGUGUCAGAAUGUCAAAAAUUCCCCCCCAAAUAAUCAACAACAGUCCCAAUCAUCAUUCAAUAAUCUAGAGUGAAAUCACAAUCGCGUGAAGCCUCAGAAACUCAAAAAUUCAACGCUGCAACAAUCCAAGGACAUCAGCCUCAAAAAUUAAUAAUUAAAUAAUCAAGUGUUACCCAACAAUUAAUCACCCAGAUAAAUCUAUUAAAAGGAUGUCACCAGGGGCACUCGUCGUCAUUUACUACAUCACCAACUCCUUAAUUACUCCGACAUCUGCGCAAUAUUGCGAGUUUGGCUUGUGCUCCAGCAAGGAAUACUGCUGUGGAAAUAAUGAAUGUUGUACCGAGUUCAACACUUGGUUAUUAAUUGGCUCUUUACUGCUCGCCCUGACGAUUCUCUCAGUGGGUUGUGCCUGCAUCUACCGAUACUACUGCCUUCUAUUCCCCCUGAAGCACAGCAACUCAAAAUUGGAACUAUUCAAUUCCAAAACCACCAGAAACAGCUCCAAUUUUUUUGGAGUCGAUUAAAAAUCCCCAUGAAAUUCACAAAUCGCUGUGAAUCUCAUGAAAUCACGAGCCCGAGAUAUUCCACACGAAGAGAACUAAAUAAUAAAAUCUAUCAUGGAUCAUGACAUGUUCUGUGAUAAAACAUAGUGACGUAUCUAGUUACUAUGAUACAUGCCCAUGCAAAACUACUUGCAAUAAAAUACAACAUGGAAACGUAUCGUAGUAAUGAAUAUUCAAGCAACGCAGACAUGUUAUUAAACAAAUAAACGUUACGAUAAGUUUGAUAGAAUAUUGUGAAAUAUAUUAUUAAAAAAAAACGGGCCCUUUUGAAUAAUUGACAUGUCCACUGUUAACAUUAAUUUCUAUGAGCUAUCAUAGCAAUGAUAACAGACCAAAGGAUCUGUCAUAAUUUCCAAGGUGAUACCCCGUAAAAUAUUCCACGAUAUCUGAAUGCAGAAAAAUAAAAUCUCUCAAAUGCCCACCAAUAUUAAUAAUAAUUACUAAUUUUGGUGACAUUGAUAAAGUGAUAAUUUCUACGUGAGAAUUUCCACUGUUUUUGUUCCCUCCGUGUGGGAAUAAUUCUCCAAUGAAUUUUUAUAAAUCUGUAACCCAGCAUUUAAUAAUAAAAUUAUGAUGAUUAUUUAAACUGACGUCACUGGUGUCUGCAAAUACACGAGGAGGGUCACACCGUAAAAAUCAAUAAACAGAGGGGCGCAAUGUCAUGUGUCCUAUGUAUAUAAAAAGCACUCAGUAGUCUGUUGCGGGUGGAAGGAUCAAGAUGGCCGUGGAUGGCUGUUGUGUUAAUAAAAAUCCGUUUAAAAUCCAUAACUUGUGAUUGCAAAUGUUGGCAAUAAUACCGAGGUAUCAUGAUAUCAAGCUAUAUUAAAAGAGUGGCCAUUGUCGCUGGAUUGUCCGAGUGUCUAAUUUAUGCUGAAGCCAUCAAAUACUGUGCCUUUGAGAUAGGGGGUAAUCCAAAAUAUUACAAAUGUCCAAAAAACGAACACUGCUGUAAUUUCGGUUGCUGCGUGUCACCAGGAUUUCAGAUAUAUCACCUGUGGUAUUACUGGCUCCUGGUGAUAAUAAUGUUCCUGGUGUGCUCCGGGGGUGGCUGGUGGUACAGGUAUUGGCUACAAGGACGAUAUCGAGCCGCUGCCUCGGUGAUACCCACGACUACGAGGUCAUCGCACACCAGGGCCCACAGUAAUCCUCAGCGUGGCACAUUGUGCCAGGGACAGCAGGCCAGUAUCAGUUACAAUUCAUCGAGAAAUACUGUAUUUCUCCAUCGAAUGUGGAAAGGUCCACACAGGGGUACCCCCGCGUCGCCCCCCUACACCGCCACACCACCCACCCACUCAACCCCCUAUCAUCCCCCAAAUGUAGUACUCAAUGACUUGAACUGUCCUUAUUAUCAGCUGUACGGUCCACCCCCUAGCUACGACACAGUAAUAGCCCAAUCCCGAAUUAAAAACAAUCCCCUAUCCCUCGCGGAUAAUUCGCGAACAGCUCAAUCAUGCACCCACCAUCCCUACACCGGCCAACAACUUCACACCUGUGAUUACUACCAAUCACACGACAACUGCCAGCAUCAAUGCAGCCAUCAGGACACCCGAGUUGAUGAUGCAUCAACGGAAUUACACCCACCAGCCAUAUUAAAUUCCCCAAGCAAUGAGAGAUCGUCAGUGAUUAAUCCAUCCGACAAUGUGAUAUUAGAUGCGCUUAACAAUCAUUCGAUUCCGUAUAAUUUACGUGGUAUAGCUCAAACUAAUGACCAACGACCCUCGACGUCCACCGACAGUCGGGGAAUUUUUCAUUUUGAUAUUUCGAAGCACAAGGGUGGAAUUGGGAGGUCCAAGUCACUUGAUUAAGUCGUUUUAUCCAGGGGAUCCGCUUGAUUCAUUGAGAUUUCAUUAUUUUUUCUUUUCAUAGGCUUCAAUUCACCUAGGGGAGUUAAAAUUUUCUACUGAAAGGCCACCCUGAGUCGAGGCCGUCCUCAGUCAAGUUUGAAAAUUUAUUUGAAUCAAGUUGAAAUUAAGGUUGAGAAUCUUGUGAUGGGAAUUUACAUGCCAACGCAUUCACCUGAUUUAAUUCAGUUUUUUGGACUUGAUUUCAAGGAAUUGUUUAACUUGAUUCAAGUCAAUUUUUCGGCUUGACUCCAGUCAAUUUUCUGAUCUGAUUCAAAUAAAAUUUUCAGCAUGACUCGAUUGUUAACUUUGAGUCAAGUUUAGUCGUCAGAUUGACUCCAGUCAAUUCUUCAAUUUUAUGGGAGUCAUUCAUCGACUUGAUUCAAUUCAAUUAUUCAGCAUGACUCGAGUCAACUCUUCAAAUAAACUUUUUGAAUUAUAUACGAAUCCGAAUGACUUGAAUCAAGUCGAAAAUUCACAGUACUCCAUUACCCACUAUUUCACUUUGAUAAUUGACUCCAGGGCACUAAUUGACUCAAUCAACAAAUAUAUGAAAUUAAAAUAUUCCAUCAACAAAGCCAUCGAUCUCUCCCCAAACUUCCAAUUUUCCAACUAACAUCUCAAUUUUUCCAUUUUCCAUAAAUAAAUGAAUCGACGAAUUGAUUAAAAAUCAAGUGGAUCUUCGCGAAUUUCUAAAAGAUAAUUGUCGUAGUCGCACAGCUGUAUUACCGCCAAUGAGCCGACCAAUCAUAACUAUUGGCAAUUAGUGUGAAAUUAUUAUCUCACACUAGUUAACAUUUCGUUCUAAACACGUGCCAAUAAAGUAAUUAAUUAAAAAUAUUUUAAAAAUGCCUGCAAAACAAAAAAUAUCGAAUUGAAAAAAAAGAAAAGAAAUUCGCAUGAGACUCGAUGAGGAACUUGCAAAUGCCCGUUUAAUUUAUCUUUCAGUGUAUCUGAAUAUUCUAUUAAUAUUUUAAGCCAAUUGGCUCUCGAUCUCUAAUUAAUUCACCAGCUGAUUGAGAAAGCGGAAAAUCACGCGAGUUCCCCAUCGUCCUUAACCCUUGCAAAUAUAAUCUUACGACCUGUCCGAUUGAAUCACUAAUUAAGGAUAAAAAUUGAUGUAUAAAUGCAAUCUAAGAGAAAAUUUAUUUUUUACUAUCGAAAGAAAAAAAAAACCUAAAUACUAGAGUGAAAAUUACGAAUCGAAGAUCAUUAUUUCGUCUCUCAGUGUAAUCAUGAUGUCAUUUGUUCUACAUUAUCUACCUAACAUACUGUAAUUGUGGAUGGAUAAUAGUGAAUAAAUAA